AAUGCAACUUCCGGCCCGACGGAGAGCGAUAAGAGCGAAUUCCAACACGGUCCUGGGGCGCCACGCUCUGGGUCAAGGUAACCUCCGUGGUCGCUGCGGGGAGCCCGGCGCGGCUGGACACGCGUGACUAUGUGGCGUCUGCUGGCUCGCGCCAGCGCGCCCCUCCUGCGAGUGCCUUUAUCAGAUUCUUGGGCAGCCCCGCCUGCCUGUGCUGGCGUGAAGACGCUGCUCCCGGUGCCGACUUUUGAGGAUGUUUCCAUUCCUGAAAAGCCAAAGCUGAGAUUUGUUGAAAGGGUACCACUUGUGCCAAAAGUGAGAAGAGAACCCAAAAGCUUGCGUGACAUACGGGGACCUUCAACUGAAGCUACUGAAUUCACAGAAGGCAAUUUUGCAAUCUUGGCACUGGGCGGUGGCUACCUCCACUGGGGCCAUUUCGAAAUGAUGCGCCUGACAAUCAACCGCUCUAUGGACCCCAAGAACAUGUUUGCCUUAUGGCGAGUACCAGCCCCUUUCAAGGCCAUCACGCGCAAGAGUAUGGGACAGCGCAUGGGGGGAGGCAAAGGUGCCAUUGAUCACUACGUGACUCCUGUGAAGACUGGCCGCCUCAUAGUAGAGAUGGGCGGACGUUGUGAAUUCAAAGAGGUACAAGGUUUCCUCGACCAAGUUGCCCACAAGUUGCCCUUCCCAGCAAAGGCCGUGAGCCGUGAGAUGCUAGAGAAGAUGCGGAAAGAUCAAGAGGAACGAGAACGUAACAACCAAAACCCGUGGACGUUUGAGCGCAUAGCCACUGCCAAUAUGCUGGGGAUACGGAAGGUACUGAGCCCCUAUGAUCUGACCCAGAAGGGGCAAUACUGGGGCAAAUUCUACCUGCCUGAGCGUGUGUAGUGAGAAUAUGAGCAAUAAAUGACAGAAGGAAACUACAUCUGUGUUCCUCUGCCCACCCCGAAAGUCUUUGGGUAGCUCUGAUGUCAGAACCAAGUUCUGUAGAUGAUUUCUGAAAAAUUGUACGACACCCAUUGAUUUCUCUAAGUGCAUUAUAUUUAUAUUAAAUAAAAUCUGAGUAUCAGUUCAGGUUAUAA